CCAUGCCUUAUCUCCAUUUCCUGUACCCCCGUUGUCUUGUGGUGCUCUCACCCUUCCCUGAUCUCCCAACCCCUUCUUCCCCCUUCGUAUUAUCCUACUCUGAUGCUUGAGUAGUCUCUUCUUCCAUUCCCAACAGUUUAUUCCUCUCGCAAUUCCAUUACCGGAGGAACAGUUCAUUCCCUUCUUCCCUUUUAAUACCAGGAAAGAAUCCAUAGAAGCUUUACGCCAUGGACUCUACGGCAUCUCCUUCUCUUUCCACCCCGCAGGGGACUCCAUCGCCGCCCCCUUCGGCGCAAACCUUUCCCUUGGAUACCUUCCCCAUCGGCGCCGGCGGCCCCCUCUCCUCUGAGGAGAACAACGCCGACGAUGCCAUGGGGGAUGACGGCUUUGAGACCGCCUCCGAACCCGACGAUGUGCGCUUGGAUUCGUCCCUGGGGGCGGAAAAAGGAGCGCCCUUGCCGAGCAACGAGGGCGAGGCGUUGGAGGAGGGGUUCGGCGGUGAGGUAGGCGGGGAUAAGUCCGCCGGCGCCGCCAGGGUUCUUGCUUCGGAUCAAAACCCUAGAUUGGUGGAUCAAGGCGAGACCUUGGAUGGAGACGGGGGUGUGCGGUUGUUGAAGACUGAGGUUUCGGGGGUCGAGGAAGGUGGGAUUCAGUCUGAGAGAGUGAAGGAGGUUUCUUUUGAAAACCCUAAUCCAGAGGGGAGUUCUGGUGGUGGGUUUUUUGGUGUGGAGCAGAAUCCUGUGAAGGAUGAAGACGUGGCAGCUGAAUCCACUGUGGAUGGAGUCGAGGAGAAUGGAGUUCGUGAUGGAAAAGAUGAACACUUGAUUGCUGGGUUGGGACAAGUCUCAAUCCCAGCUAUCGGGGAAGUAGUGGACUUGAAGCCUGGGGAGGCUGAACCUGAUGCUGCUGUGGUAGAGAAAGAUGGAGCGAUCGCUGCUGACGGUAUGACUGAAAACCUUGUAGGGGCAGAGGAAUUGAAGCAUGAAGCAGCCGAACUGGAUGCUGUCAAGGAUGCCAAACCUGGCAUUCCUGGUAGUGUUGAUUCUGAUCAGAACCUUCAAUUGGUAAGUGUAGCUCCCGCCAAAUUCCUGGAAAAUGUGUCAUCUGAAUCCAGUGUUAGUGUUGAUGGGGAGGGGAAGACUGAAAAUUUCAAUGGGGGCUCUUUUGCUGUGAAUUUUGAGAUAGCUCAAUGUUCGGUGGAGAUGCUUGUUGAUGGGCAUGGUAGCGAUGCUACUGCUAAUGUUAGCGAGAUUGAAAAAGGUGAGGCUUUGACUAAAAGCUCUGGACCUGUGGAUCCUACGGUAGCUGAGGACUCUGAUGCUGCUGAGCAUGGUAGUGGGUUUGUUGAUAAAAGUUCUUAUCUGAAUCAGCAAACUUUGGAGGAGAAGGCGAUUGUUGAAUCAAGACAAGCUGCAAAUGAUCCAGAGUCGAAACCCAACAAGGUUGGGCCAGAGGUUGAAAAAGGUGUGGCUCUGAAUAAAAACUCUGAAAUUGUUGAUCCUAAGGUAGCUGAGGGCUCUGAUGCGCAUGGUAGCAUUGCUAUUGCUGCUUUUGGUGAGGUUGAGAAAGGUGAGGCUUUGGAUAAAAGAUCGGAACUUGUGGAUCCUAAGGUAGCUGAGGACUCUGAUGCUGCGCAUAAAGCUGAGCAUGAUGGUGGGUUUUUUGAUGGAAGUUCUUAUCUGAAUGAACAGACUGGGGAGGAGAAGGUGAUUGCUGAAUCAAAACAAGCUGCAAAUGAUCCAGAGUCAAAACCCGAUGAGCUUGGGCCAGAGUUGGCUGCAGAUAGUGGUGAUUUGGUAUCAGCUCAGGAGGUGAAAUCAUUGCCUAUCCUUGCUGAGGGUUCUACCAGCAGGGGUUCAGAUGGAGAAAUCCCGAAAACUUUAGGUGUGAUGGAAGAUGGGAAUGGCAAUGAAAUAACUGGCGAAAGUCUAUUGCCAAGUUCUGUUUUGGACGAAGAAGCGAAACCUAACACUGAUGGCUUUCAAGUGACAGAUGACAGUGAAGAUGUGGAACAGAAUGAAGCUGAGGAAGAAGAGGAAGGCAUGGUUUCUGGUGGACCUGCAAGGGUUGCAAUCCUGGAAAGCUCUGAAACUGCCAAACAAAUUAUAAAAGGAUUGAAGGAUGGUUCUUCAAGCAGUAGUAGCUACUCUGGUUUUGACGGUUCAAGGAAUUACCAAGGUAACGUAGAUGGGCAGGUUGCCUCAGAUUCUGAUGAGGAGGAUGAUGGGAAGGAAAUUUUUGACUCUGCUGCUUUAGCUGCACUUCUCAAAGCAGCUACUAGUUCUUCACCAGAUGGAAGCAUCACCAUUACUUCUCAAGAUGCUGGUAGAAUCUUCUCAGUUGACAGACCAGCAGGUUUGGGGUCCUCAGUUGCAUCACUCAGACCUGCUCCUCCCCACUAUUCCCAACCAAAUCUUUUCAAUAAUUCUGAACUGACAGUAGCACCCGAGCCUGAGAAUGACAUGACUGAAGAAGAAAAGAAAUUGCAUGAGAAGGUUGAGCUGAUAAAGGUGAAGUUCCUCCGCCUCGUGCAUAGGUUGGGACACUCACCUGAGGACACAGUGGCUGCCCAAGUGCUUUAUCGUCUAGACCUUGCUGAGGGUAUCAGACAUGGAAGGAAAAGAAAUCAAGCCUUUAGCCAUGAGAAUGCAAGAAAGAGGGCCUUGCAGCUUGAAGCCGAGGGAAAAGAGGAUCUGGACUUCUCUUGUAACAUUCUGGUCCUUGGCAAGACUGGAGUGGGCAAGAGUGCAACCAUAAAUUCUAUAUUUGGUGAAGAGAAAACCCAAACCAAUGCAUUUGAACCAGCAACAUCUUUUGUGAAGGAGAUUGUUGGAAUUGUUGAUGGGGUUAAAAUUCGUGUUAUAGACACUCCAGGUCUCAGAGCUUGUGUCAUGGACCAAUCAUCAAACAGGAGGAUCCUUUCAUCCAUUAAGAAGUACACAAACAAAUGUCCGCCCGAUAUUGUUUUAUAUGUAGAUCGCCUUGAUACCCAAACACGCGAUCUUAAUGAUUUGCCCCUGUUGAGAACCAUUACCAGCACUUUGGGCUCGUCCAUAUGGUUUAAUGCAAUUGUAGCUCUCACACAUGCAGCUUCUGCUCCUCCAGAUGGGCCCAACGGUUCUCCCUUGAGCUAUGAUGUGUUCAUAUCUCAGAGAUCGCAUGUUGUUCAGCAGUCCAUCCGGCAAGCAGCAGGGGAUAUGCGUCUGAUGAAUCCAGUGGCUCUUGUAGAGAAUCACCCAUCUUGCAGAAGAAAUAGGGAGGGGCAAAGGGUGCUUCCCAAUGGCGUAAGUUGGAGACCUCAGAUGCUCCUGCUGUGUUACUCUUCGAAGAUAUUAUCUGAAGCUAAUUCUCUUUUGAAGCUUCAAGAUCCUUCUCCUGGAAAGUUAUUUGGAUUCCGGUUUCGUUCACCACCACUUCCCUACUUGUUAUCUUCACUCUUGCAGUCUAGAGCACACCCAAAGCUAUCCACUGAUCAGGGUGCUGAUAAUGGAGAUUCUGAUAUUGACUUGGAAGACUUCUCAGAUGGUGAUCAAGAUGAAGCAGAAGAUGAAUAUGAUCAGCUUCCACCCUUUAAACCUCUGAGGAAAUCUCAGAUUGCGAAGCUCACUAAGGAGCAAAAGAGGGCCUAUUUUGAUGAAUAUGAUUACCGAGUCAAACUUCUUCAAAAGAAACAGUGGAAGGAGGAGCUUAGAAGACUAAAGGAGUUGAAGAAGAGAGGGAAGGAUGGUCAGAAUAAUUUUAGUUACGGUGACUUGACCGAAGAUUAUGAUCAGGAUAAUGUUCCUGCAACUGUGCCUGUCCCGCUUCCUGACAUGGCAUUGCCACCUUCAUUUGACUGCAAUAGUCCUACUUAUCGAUAUCGCUUCCUGGAGCCCACAUCACAGCUUUUGGCUCGGCCUGUUUUGGAUACACAUGGUUGGGAUCAUGACUGUGGCUAUGAUGGUGUCAGCCUGGAAGAGAGCCUCGCGUUUGCUGGCAAAUUCCCUGCUGCCAUAUCUGUUCAAGUUACCAAGGAUAAAAAGGAAUUCAGCAUCCAUUUGGAUUCCUCAAUUGCAGCCAAGCAUGGGGAGAGUGGUUCGACACUUGCUGGCUUUGACAUCCAGACCGUUGGGAAGCAACUUGCAUACAUCCUUUGUGGUGAGACCAAAUUCAAGAACUUGAAAAAGAAUAAGACUGCUGCAGGAAUGUCCGUGACUUUCUUAGGGGAAACUGUAGCAACUGGAGUGAAGAUUGAGGACCAAUUUUCUAUUGGAAAGAGGAUGAGUCUGGUUGCAAGCACUGGUGCUAUCCGAGCACAAGGUGAUACAGCAUUCGGAGCCAAUUUCGAGGCACGUCUCCGCGACAAGGAUCAUCCAAUCGGCCAAUCACUUUCAACCUUGGGAUUGUCCCUCAUGAGAUGGCACCAUGACUUGGCUUUGGGAGCAAAUUUGCAGUCUCAAUUCCCCAUUGGAAGGAAUUCAAAGAUGGCAGUUCGUGUUGGUCUGAACAACAAGCUGAGUGGGCAGAUCACAAUCAAGACAAGCACCUCAGAACAGCUUCAGAUUGCGCUGGCUGGAAUCCUUCCAAUUGCUGUCGCGAUCUUCAGGAGUCUGCGGCCUGGUGAGUCUUAGGCUUACUAGUUAGAUCAGGAGAAUAAACCAUUUCUGUCUUUUCUUGAGGAUAACUUCAGAGAUGGGUUUUCCAGUAUAUCCCGGAUAAUUAUUAUUUCAAUAUGGAACUUCUACAGUUUUUGGAGUUAUUGUUUAUUCAUAUAUUCUAAGGAUGAAGAAACUCUAUUGGAGACUUCUGUUUGAAAGAGAGCAGUGACAGAUGCACAAUUAUUUUGUAUUUUCUUGUUGAAAGUGAAGCCUUUCAUGCUUGCAUACUUUAUUGGUAACUUAAAUAUGUGUUUCUUUUUUGCUGAUUA